CAAAUGUUUUUUUAUUACAGUUUUAUGUUAUGUUUUAUCACGCUGUUUGGUUUUUGUUUUCCUUUUUUGACACAAUUUGUAUAAUAAAUGCCCCCCCUGUCUUAAUGCGGAAUUUUCAAUGUUGGCUCUGGCAACACUCGACAUGAACUUGCCUAAUCUAAACAUGGCGGUAAACAUUUUCUAACCUCAGAAAAUUUAAAACAAAGUCAAAAAGGAAAAACGUAAAAUGGACAAAAACUGCGAGAAAACGAACUGCCCACUCUGUAAUAGGCCUUUUUCGUAUUUGGAAAUUGAACAGCAUGUAAAUAAAUGUUUGUUCCUUAACUCAAAUAGUGAAGAAGCUCCAAAAAGGAAGAGAUCCACUUCACCCCUUAACUCAGUUGAAACUUCACCAGUACUCAAAAAAACAUUCCCCACACCCGAAUCCAGCAGCCAAACACCGAAACUACUACCUCAGAGCAGAUUCUUAGGCAAAGGUGAGGAGAAGAGGAAUUUGGAGAAAUUCGGUAAAGCUGGGAAUUCAGCAGAGAAAGAAAAAGUUAUAGAUCACUCUUUUGUGGUUCCUCUAGCCAAGCAGGUGCAACCAAAGAGCUUAGAUGACUUCAUUGGCCAGAACAAAAUACUGGGAAAGGAUACUGUUUUAAGAAAUUUAUUAGAGCAAGGUGAUAUCCCUAACAUGAUCCUUUGGGGCCCACCAGGCUGUGGGAAAACUUCCCUUUCUGCUGUGAUAUGUGAUAUAUGUAAGAAAAACCCCACAAAAUACAAGUUUACUACACUGUGUGCUGUAUCUACUGGUGUCAAAGAGGUACAGCAAUUGAUAACCAUGGCCAAAAAUGAUCUGAAGUUUGGUAGAAGAACAGUUCUGUUCAUGGAUGAAAUACAUCGUUUCAACAAAAAGCAACAAGACACAUUUCUUUUGAGUGUAGAAAAAGGAGAAUUGAUUCUGAUAGGUGCUACCACAGAAAACCCUUCAUUCAUCUUGAACUCGGCACUAUUGAGCAGAUGCAGAGUGAUAGUACUGAACAAGCUGGACAGUGUAGAGUUGUACAGCAUUCUUGAAAGAGCCGCAAAGGCUUUGAAGUUUACCAUAGUUGACAGAUGUAGUGUUGUACCAAACAGUAUACAGCAGGAUGCUUUGAAGUGGCUGGCUGACAUUAGUGAUGGAGAUGCCAGAAUAGCACUGACUAAUCUGCAACUUGUUGUCCAAGAUAGCCAUAACAAAAACAAAUCCAUAUCUGUUAAAGAUAUUGAAGAAGGUAUCAAGAAGUCCCACAUGUUGUAUGACCAUAGUGGUGAAGAGCAUUACAACAUCAUAUCUGCCAUGCAUAAGUCCAUAAGGAAGUCUGAUGAUAAUGCUGCCCUCUAUUGGACAACUAGAAUGAUUGUUAGUGGAGAAGAUCCAAGAUUUAUUGCUCGAAGGCUAGUUAGAGCAGCUAGUGAAGAUAUUGGAAAUGCUGACCCUGCUGCAUUGGCAUUAGCAGUUUCAACCAUGCAGGGAUGUCAACUAUUGGGCAUGCCAGAAUGUGAUGUUCUCCUAGCACAGUGUGCAAUAUAUCUAGCCAGAGCUCCAAAAUCUAGGGAAGCAGAUUCAGCCUUAGCCAAGGCCAAGGCUACAAUAGAGAGAUGGAAAGGUCCACAACCAGCAGUACCUAUGCAUCUCAGGAAUGCCCCUACAAGGUUGAUGAAGGACUUGGGAUAUGGAAAGGUAGAAGAGGGGGGAACUUAUGUAUGUAUGCCAACAGAGAUGAGUGGAGUAAGGUUCCUUUAACUGUAUACUUUACCAAAACUGUACACUGUAUAUUAUCUGUAUUUUUGUUAGCAAUAAAGCAUAUAAGGUUAUGAUAUA